GAGCGAGCGCGCGAGAAGGACGGGGGAAAAGAGAGAGCUCUGACAAAGACUGGAACAAGUAGGUCUUAGCUUAGAGAAAAUAGGUCUUCUUUGCUUCCCUGCUCAGUUCCUUUUUCGCCGCUGCAUGAGAAGCGUCCGCUCCGCGCUCGGUUGGAUACCUUUUUUCUGGAAGACAACUCGGCUAUCCAGCAUCCCGGACUGCGCGGCGUUAAAUGAGUACCAACGGCCAGCACUUUUGCCUAAGAUGGAACAAUUAUCAAGCGAACAUGACAUCAGUUUUCCACCAAUUGCUGACGGAUGAGGCUUUCGUCGACGUCACCCUCGCCUGCAAUGAAGACACGCUCAAAGCUCACAAAGUCGUUUUGUCGGCAUGUUCGCCGUACUUCCAGAAGCUGCUGCUGGACAACCCUUGCAAACACCCUGUGAUCAUCCUGCCCCAAGAGGUCAGCUUCCUAGACCUGCAGUUCAUCAUCGACUUCGUGUACCGCGGCGAGGUGGACGUCAGCCAGGACGAGCUGCAGAGUCUGCUGCGGACGGCCGAGCAGCUGAAAAUCAAAGGCCUGUGCGACGUGGCCGCCCGCGAGAUGGGCCACCACCACGGCUACCGGCCGCACCCCAUCCACCCUCACCACCCGCACGCCAAGGUCAAGUUCUCCAGCUUCAAGCGAAAGCUGCACGACGCCGAGCCGAUCGACUACUACAAAUCUUCCAACUCGGAGAUGGACGACUACGACGAGGAUGACGUCGACGUCGACGACUACGACGACGACAUGGAGCCCAAGAACUACAGCAGGAAAGACCCCCUGGUCGACGUCAACGCCAACUCGACGCAGCAGAAGUCGCACGAGCCCCCUCCCGUCUCAAGGGUUGAUGAUCCACCUCCCCUAAAGCCAAAGGAAGAAAACCAUCAGCCACCAAUGAUGGUUACUCCAGAACUCCUUGGUCUCAUUCCAACCUCAGCCCUAAAUAAUUCCAGCCUCAACCUUAAAUCAGUCCCAAAUGAAAACGAGGUGAUCAUGACGCACAAGAGCACCAAGCACUGGACGCAGGAGGACAUGGAGCUGGCUCUGGAGGCGCUGCGGACGCAGGCGAUGAACCUGACGAAGGCGUCGGCCACCUACGGCAUCCCGUCGACGACGCUGUGGCAGCGGGCGCACCGGCUCGGCAUCAACACGCCCAAGAAGGACAACGCGGCCAAGACGUGGAGCGAGGCCGACCUCGAAGUGGCCCUCAAGGAGCUCAGGGCGGGCCGCAUCUCGGCCAACCGCGCCUCCAAGCAGUUCAAUAUCCCCAGCAGCACCCUUUACAAGAUCGCCAGGAAGGAGGGCAUCAAGCUGUCGGCGCCGUUCAACGCGUCGCCCACCUCCUGGAACUCGGACGACCUUGCGAAGGCUCUUGAGGCGAUUCGGAGAGGUGCGUCCGUGCAGAAGGCGGCGGCCGAGUUCGGCAUUCCGUCGGGCACCCUGUACGGCCGGUGCAAGCGCGAAGGCAUCGAGUUGUGCAAGAACACUCCGGUGCCGUGGAGCCACUCGGACAUGUCCGAGGCGCUGGAGGCCGUCCGGGUGGGCGACAUGUCCAUCAACCAGGCGGCCAUCCACUACAACCUGCCCUACUCGAGCCUCUACGGCCGCUUCAAGAGGGUCAAGUUCGACGACAACAAGAUGGACUACGAUGUGUUCAACAACAGCUCCAGCGACCCGCACUAAAAUAUAACCUCGCUACCAAACUGCCAGACGGGACCUUUAAUAAUUAUUCUUCCAUCUUCUCUUUGAAUGCGGGACUCACAACCUUGUAUAUAUUCGAAUUGUACAAAGAUUUUUAUCUAGUGUGUAUUGUAGGAUGAUGGAGCAGGCGCUCUGCGAUUCUUUUUUUUGUGUAAAUAAAUUUAGAUUCUUAAGCGAGGUCUUCAUCCCAAAUCUCUCUUUUUGUUGUGAAAAAGAUGUAAGAAUGAAGUAAUAAAAGCAAAGUCUUUUUGACCUGUGAAAAAUGGAAA